GCGCGCAUACCCAUCACACGCGGCUCGGCGGUGACGCGAACCGAACGCCGCCGUUCUUUUGAAUUUCAAAUAUCGAACUUUGAACAUUUCUUAUUCUUUUUUUUAUUCUGUGCCGGUGUUGCUUGUAGACAAAAUGAAGAUCGCAUUACUUUUUGCUGUAAUUCUAUGCGCGUACGCAGCCGAGGAGGUGGAGAAGAAGAAUGAAAUGACUGAUUUGGUACAGAUGGAGUCACAGGACAAGAGACAAGCGCAGGAAGGGAGCCAGGACCAAUAUAGAUCGGGGAGAAAACAGGAACAAGUUGCACCAGUACAAGAAAAUCCAGAAGAAGAUAAAUCAAAAGGAAGUGGUCAAACGGAAGAAUACCGUCCAGGGCAAGUAUUCUCACUGAACCCGCAAGAACUGAUGGAGCUACAGCCGGAGAGGAAGGCACCGCUGGCCAGUAAUCAGCAGCUUCAGCAGCUGCAGCAGCUGCAACAACUGCAACAGUUGCAACAGCUGCAACAGCUACAACAGCUGCAACAGCUACAGCAGCAGCAACAGCUGUAUAGCCCACAGCAAGAACAGAAACAAAACUUGCAGCAAAGUUUACAACAAAAUAUACAGCCCUUCUACUAUUUGGACCCUCAACUGGCUGGACAGGUGUCUCUCCAACCAUCUCAUACCGUCAUCGCCCGUCCACACUACACUUCCAACGGAGGUGAAGCUUCAGUAGGGGCCGCGCUAUCAGUGAGCGACAGCGGCAGCGCUACCGCCCAUCCCUUCGACCAAGAACUCCUGGCGCUGUUCAACCAAGCAAGGCAGGAAGACGACAGAUCUCAGAUAUAUACGCAGCAAAUCUUGCCUCAAGCUCUCGGACAACAGUAUCAGCAGGUGGAAAGGUACGUAACAAAGCCAACUAAGAAACCAACUAAACUGCGCCCGAAGAUCCAAGUGGUACCAACACAAGCGUCGACAGCCCCUCAGCAAUAUCUUAUCGAAACAACCAAUGUGCAAUCACAAGCGCCGGCGCUACAGUACCGCCCCAUUCAAUCGCAGCGUACUGGACAAACCCUCCGCUACAUUCCCUUGCAAGCCGCUCAGCCCGCCGUAUCCCAACCUUUGUAUGAACGUCCUGAAUCUCAAGGUCUGAAAAUCGUUCCUGCUCCAAAUCUACAGAACCUAUCGCCGCAAUCUCAAGGCAACUACGUCUUCGUACCUCAGUACCAACAACCGGAACCAACUCAGCAAACGCAAUACAAAUUUGUUGACACACAAAGACAGACGAUUCAAUCAGUAAGACAAGAACAACCGAGAAUUGCGGUCGAAAGGCCGUUGGCGUACUUAAAGCGGGUCCCUGAACCUGAGAAGGCACGAACAGUUAAAAUUUACAACCAAUCCGGUCUCGAAGGUCUAUCAGGCGUUCCUCAAGGUGGUCAAAAUGAACAAUACUAUCUCAGACCUCUAUACAGACAAAACGAGCAAAGACCUAGGUACGAUUUAUCAGCACUGGCUUUAAGAUCUUUUGAACAAGCACGAGCUGUUGAAUCGACGAAAUCUCCUUUAUCCACAAUUUACGUCCACAAGAAUACAUCUCCUAAGAAAGCGGCGAGACCUUCGGUAAGGAUAGAAUCUCAGAGGGAACAAUCGGCUAGCUCUGAAUAUGCCAUCGAGCAAGGGAGAGCUUUAGAAUACCAGCGUCCUCAGUUGCCUCCACCGAAAAACAACAAGGCUUACACUCCUGAAGAGUUCCAGGCUUUGGUAGCUGCAGGUUACUCAGUGACACCGAUACCAGUUGGUAAUGUAGGUGAACAACCAGCGCAGUCCCGGUCUUCAGUAGAAGCGAUACAGAUCCCUCAACGACGCGUUUACAAUAAGCGUAAUCAAUACUUGCCUCUAAGAUCUGAUGAAGCGCCUUAAAAUUUAUAACGACUAUGUACAGAAUUUUAGAAUUAACGAUAGAUAAUAAAAUAUUUUGUAAUUUAA